CAAUGAUGAUAAUGAACUUUUGAAAUGUAUUGAUUAUUUAUUACUUAUGAGUUAUGACUGAUGUGUAAAUACGUUUAGUGCAAUUACGAUUUAUGAACAUUAGUUUUUCUUCAAGAACAAAUUUAUCUUUCCAACUUUAAUAAUUCAAAUUAAUUAAUCUUAUUGUGUCUGUAUAUUUAUUUAGUUAAUAAUUUAGUUGCUAAUAAUAUGUCUGAAGCAAAUAUGAAUGACGAACUUAGUGAGUAUCUGUUAUAUUUAUAUUUUAUGUAUCUAUAUAAUACAUAUAUUACAUUUACAUUAAUGCAAUUUGGUUUGUUAUUAAUUAUUUAAUUAUUUUAGUACUUUUGGAAAGAGUAUUCUUUCGUAUUGGUUCAGCUGAUACAGAUACUCAGCUUUCAUCUUGUAUUAACAACUUUCUAGUACCAGUAUUACAAAAAUUGUCAUCACCUCAUGAUUCUGUCAGAAACAAAGUAUGUAUUUGAUAAAUUAUAUUUAAUUUAUUUUACUUGUUACUGAUACUGUUUAAUUUUGUUAUUGAUGAACUUAGGUUGUUGAAUUAUUAACACACAUCACAAGAGUGGUUAAACAAAGUCCAAGUAUUGUACUUCCUGUCAAUCAAUUGGUUACACUUUUGGCUACAUGUAGUAACAGUUUCGUUGUGGUAAUUACAUUUUAUUAAAAAACUCAUUUUUUUUUUUUUUUUUAAUCUAAUUAUUUUAAUUUUUAGAAUUUCACUGUAGUGUUUAUAAAAAUUAGUUUUGGACGUAUAGAUUGCAAUAAAAAAAUUGAAUUUAUUCUUCCACUUAUCAAUUCUAUUGCUACAAAAUCAGUGGCUCAUCAAGAAACGUAAUAUAUAAAUCCAAUUAAGAAUUUAAAAUAUUAUGGCAGUUGGUUAGCAAUAAAUUGAAUUUUUAUUUUUAUUUUCUAGUAUUUUAUUGCUCAUAUUGGGAGCUCUUAAUAAAUCAAAUGUUCAAGUAGCGAGCAAAGAUAUUGCAGUCAUUAAAGACCAUCCACAAUUAAAAAGUAUAAUAUUACAGUUAAUGUUGGAUUUACUAUUGAUGCCUUAUAAAUGGAGUGGUUCAGAUGAAGAUUCUUUAGCUGGAUUUAAUACACAGUCUUUAAAACGAUUGAGACUUAAUAUACCUAUAAUAUUCUCAGAUGCUGAUUAUCACGAACAAGUAAUGUUUAUAUUUCUUGUUAUCCGGAUUGUUUCAUAUUAAAAAUAAAUUUUAUAAUUAUAGGUUAAGUUAGGUAUUUUAGGUUUAAUAUCGGCGAACAUUUUUGAAUCUCGUUACGUAUUAGUGCAUUCAGUAGUUGGAGCAGCUGAUACACGUUAUAUGGUCGCUAAUUCUGGUGAAAAUGAACUGAGAAAGAUUACUUGGUAUGAAAAUAAAUAAAUAAUAGUUAUAAAUGUUUAAUUGUAACUAAAUAUUGUAACUUUCAAUGCAUAUUUAGUGAAAUUGAUUGGUCUAAAUCCUCUACUAUGAUGCCAUUGUAUGCAUUAUUCAUUGGUACUAGUCUAAAUAAACAAGACAGAGCAGCUAAAAAAGAACCUGCUUGUGUACGGAUACGAUUAAAGAUAUUACCUUGUUUGUGUUUGAGCAAAGGUGAAGAAUCAGUUAUAUGGCCACAGUGUAUGCAGGUAUGUAAACAGAGAAAAUUAGUUGGGGUUGAUUUUCUUUACUAUAUUUAUGCUUUGUUUUUAAAUAUUUCGUAAUCUUGUUUAGCAUUAUAACUUGUCUAUUAUUUUAAAAUAUCUGACUACAUAAUUGUUAUUUCAAUCAAAUCAUUAUAUAAUUUUAAAAUUAUAUUUGAUAAAUGUUUAUUCAAUCUGUUUAAGAUAAUUUUUGAUUGUUGGAAUGGAGAAAAUACUAAUCAAAGACUAAAAAACUUAGCAUUGCAAUUUGCUCAAAUUAUCAUACAACAGUAAGUUUUAUUUAUAACUACAGUUGACAUAGGUACUUACAAAUGUUUUUUUUUAAACGUCAUAAAUAUUUUAUUAAUAAUAUAAUAUAUAUUAUAUUUAAUGACAUUUUUAUCUGUAGAUUUCUAUUAAUGAAAGUUAUUAGACCAACUAUUUUACUUUUAUUAUAAUUAUUUUUAUCAUUUUCUUAGAAAAUCGGCAAAAACUUUACUGCAAGCCACUCCGAUUUUAUUAAACUCUGGUUUAUUAAAAUUAUUAAAAUCACCAGAACUGGAUUUAAAUGCUAAACAAAUGACAUAUACUCUUAUUGGUUUACUGAUAUCUAAAGUACCUACUGCAGUUAAAGAAGACUUAGUUCUUUUGGAUUCAUUUUUUAAAGCUUUGAUAAAAGUAAAUAAGUUAUCAAUUAAAAUCAGAAAAUGGUAUUUUUUCUAAUAACUUAUAUUUGUUUUAGGAAACUUCUCCUGAUUUAAAAGGAUCUAUUAGAUCAAGUUUAAUCUCUAUGUGUAGUGCAUAUAGUGAAUCCAGUAAACUAUCAAAUAUAUUGUCUAUGAUUGCACAUUAUUGUAAAAUGUCUGAUGGUCUUUUAAAACAAGUGACAACACAUUAUUUGUCUACUCUAUUUCCCGCUGAUGAUGCCAAAUCUAGAUUAUUAUUGAUUCAGUCGCACAUGUCAUCAGUCGGGUAAGUGAAUAUAAUUGUUUUUAUUAUUAAUAUUCAUUUAAUAUAAAACAAACAUAAUUUUAGUGAUUCCGAUUUGAAAAAAAUAUUAUAUAAUGUGGAUGAAGCAGGCAAUCUUGUUGGUAAAAAUGAAAAUGCAUUGCUAUUACCUCGGUUCCCAGACAUGGUGAUGACAGUUGUUGAUAGUAAUGAACAGUAUGAUUCUUCAGUUCUCCUGGAGGUUGGUGUAAAGUUAUUGACUUAUCAUAUGUAAUCUAUUGUAGAUUUUACAUAUUCUGUUUUAAUUUGUAUUUAGAUAGCAGAAUACUUAAGUCAUUGUUUGACCUUUAGUGCUGGUCUUCCAGUAACCUACAAUACUUUAUAUCAUCCAACAAAAUAUACGCCAGAAAUGUGCAAAUAUUUGUCAAAAGUCUAUCAGUCUGAUGCCAAAAUUGUUGAUCAUUAUUUUAAACUCAUGAUGCAAUUGAUACAAGUUAAACCAAGUAUAAUACCACUGAAUAAUCUAUUAUUAUGUGUUGCAGCUUUACCAAAUGAAUUAAAAAGCCAAUUCACCAAAGAUUUAAAUACGAUUCAGGUAAAUUGUAAUUAACUUCUGUUAAAUCUAAUAAUUAAAUUUAACUAACAACAUAAUUAUAGAAAUUGUUUGUAUCGAGUAAUGAAGAUAUGCGUCAAUUAAGUGGAAUACUGUAUGGCAUAAUUUUGUCAGCUUUGGACGAAAUAAUUUCUGAUAAACGCAUUAGAGAAAUAACGUCAUACAUAGUAGAUAAAAACCGAAAUAAAUCAUUGGAAUUGCAUGCUUCACUUUAUGCUUUAUCAUCACUUCAAGAAUAUAAAUUUUAUGGUGAUAAAAAUUUUCCUCCAUUUAUUGGAGAAGACACAUUUACUUCACUUGGUAAAUUAAUAUACAUAUAUUAUAAAAUAAUUUAACUUUUUAUAUAUUUUACUUAAUAUUAUAAUCUCAUCAUGUUAUUUUAUUUUUAUUUAAUGGAUACACAGGUGAAUUCCUUGUUUACAGAGUACAAUUUAUAAGAUAAUAUUAAGAAUAUAAUUUCUUUUUUUUAGUUACAUUGCUUGAUGAAACAAGCCCUUUAAUAGUCGGCGCUACUUGUGAUGUGAUUGGUUCAAUAGGAAGACUUAAUCCAGUACCCAUUGACGACUCUAAUAAAUCAUCCCUUAUAAAAAAACUGUUAAGCAUUUCAUUUAAUAGCUCAAUACCUUCUAAGGUAAAGAUAACCCAAGAUUAGGCUUUUAACUAUUUAAUUUUCAAUUUGUUAUAUUUUUAUAUUUUUAGAUUAGAAACAAAGCAAUUAAAUGCACAGGAUUGAUUUGUGUUGGUGAAUCUUCACCGAGAAGCAAAGAUAUCAUAAAAGAAUAUUUAAAAAACACAAAACACGUAAAUAUUAAUUUUUUUUUUAUUUUGAUUUAUUAUUAUUGUGUUAUAAUUUAUUGUAGGCUAGCUUAUUGAUAUUAGUAUAGCCAUAGUAUACUAUAUUUAGUAUAGCGAUUUUAUCACUUUUUCUGAUAAAAAUUUAUAGAAAGACAGUGCAUUGAGUUAAGGAUAGGCCAACAUUAAGUUUUAAAGUUUAAUGAUUGUAUGCUUGAGCAUGUGGUCUGUUUUUAGAGGUAUAUAGGGUUAGAUGAGUUAAAAGGCUUGACUACUCAUACAGUAUUGAAUAAAUAUCUAUCAAGUUGUAUGUUGGAUAUUUUUACUUCAUUAGGGGCAGAAAACCAUAUCUAGAAUAAGCAAAGCACCCUUUAUUUAUAUAUACUAGGUGGUGAUAAAAGUAUCAGAGUUAUCUAUAUUUAAAUAUUUUAAAAUGAUUUAAAUAAAUAUAAAAUCUGAAAACAUUAUAAAAAAACUAACAAUUUUUAAUGGAUCUAAAAAAGUGAAACAACUGAGUGGUAAACUAAAAAUGUUUUCAAUUUAUUUCAUUUAUAGACAAAAGACAUAGAAAUACAUUUAUCAAUUGGUGAAAGUUUAUGUUGCGCUAUACUCGGGCCUCACUCAAAAAUGUCAUGUAACUUUUGGACAUGUGCUGAAGAUGAGUAUCAAAAAGAAAUUGUAACCAAAUUUGCUGUUGAUGAAUGUGAUAAGUUGGCUGAUUAUUUUUUAAAUAAUAUAUUAGAUAAAAUUCAGAGUGAAGAUCAUCCAAAUUCAAAACAGGUAAAUACAAAUAAUUAUUAACUCUCACUAAUUCAAUACAUAAUUUGGCAACAAUAAUGACAAUAUUUAUUAAAAUAUUGUAUAUUUUAAUAAAUAAUUUAAAUUUUUAAUAAAUGUAUUAUAUUUAUUUUUAGGCAUGUUGUGUGUGGAUGUAUAAUGUAUUGAAUGAAUGUUAUUCAUUAAAUUCAGUUAACCAAAAACUUGCUCGUAUUCAAACAGCUUAUGUUGAACUUUUAACAGAAAAAAAUAGUAAGUAUUUCUAUGGCUAUAUAAUAGAAACUUUAUAAUAGAUCUUUUGUAAAUGAAUAAAAUGUUUAUACUAACAAUUUCACAUAUAUUAGAAAUUAUUUUAUUUCUUUAUACAUUUUAUAUGUUGUUAAAAUAUCAUUAAAAUUGUAUAAAUAAUUUAUUUGUAUGAAUUAAAAACCUAUUAUUGUUAUUUUUUAAGACUACAUACAAGAUCUUGCAUCUAAAGCAUUAAUAAAUGUUUAUGAAUUUGAAGCUGAUAAUCGGAAAGAACAAAUUUUAAAACUGCUUAUAAAACAGUUAUCUGAAUAUAUGGCAGUUGGAAAUAAUGGUAAAGAUAGUUCUGGGUAAGUUGAUUCUUCAAAAAUGUAUAUUUACUCAUAUGUACUUUUACCUGUUUUUAAUUUUAUAAAUAUAAAUAUAAAAUUUUAUUUGCAGAGGUAUUUUGUCAACAUAUAAGGAGUUGUGUUCAUUAGUAAUUGAUUUGAAUAGGCCUGAAUUACUGUAUAAAUUUAUACAAUUAGCAAACUUCGACAAGAAAAAAGUCAUUACAUAUUAUUUUUACAAUUAAAGUUAUUAGUUCUAUUGCAAUUUGUUUAAAAUAUUAAUUUCUAUAUUUUUAAAGGAUGCUAAAUCCAAGUUAGAAAUUGACGAACAACUUAAUGAACAGUUACCAUUUAUUAUACCAAGGCUUUAUCGAUAUCAAUAUGAUCCAACUCCUAUUGUACAAAGCUCAAUGAGUGCUAUUUGGAGUUACCUUGUAUUGGAUACACGUUUCACUGUAUGUUUUUUAUUUGAGUUUUAUUCUAAAUUAUUAAUUAAAAUAAAUUUUUAUUAAUACAAAUUUAUUUUUUUUUUAAUUAUAAUUAUUUUAGGUGGAUAAGUACCACAAAGAAAUUUAUGUGGAUUUAGUGAAAAACAUAACUUGCCCUGAUUGGAGGGUAAGAAUUUCUGUUUGUCAAGCUAUUCCUUCAUUUUUGCAAUACACUGGAGACAAAAUAUUUACCGUAAAUAUAAUUUAUUCUUUUAUUAUUUUAAUAAUUUAUAUAGUCUGUAUUAAUAGAACUUGAGUUCUAAAAAACCACAAUUUACAGAAAUGUUUAGACUUGACAAUUGAAGCUUGGACACAACUCAUAAGAGUUAUGGAUGAUAUUCACGAGGGCACUAGAAAAGCUGCUACAUCUACAACAAAAACAUUAUCAAAAGUAAAUUAAUAUUAUUUUUUGUUAAAUAUUUGUUUCAUUGUCUAAAUAUAAUUUGUAUUCUUAGUUAUGUGUAAAUGAAUGUACUACCAAUACUCAAUUGUUACAUCUGCUUUUACCAAUAAUUUUAGACAAAGGUCUUUAUCACACUGAAUCAAGUAUACGUGCAGUAAGGUGAAUACAAUUUAAAAGAAUCUCCAUAAACAUAUUUUAAUUUUUACAUCAUUGUGAUUUUAUAUUUGUUUUAGUAUGGAUAUGAUAUCACAGUUAAUUGUUAAUUGUGGCGAAAAACUAAAAGGAGAUUUAGCAAAAUUAAUUAUAGCACUUCUAAAAGGGGCUGAUAAAGUGGAAACUCCUACUUUAAGUAUGUUGAGUGUUAUGUCUGGAGCUAAUCCAAAUACUCAAGAAUUUAUAGACUCUCAGCGUGCAGCUUCCGCAAGAUCAUUGAGCUCUAGUGAUGUUUUAUCUAAGGUAAAUAAUAAGCUUUAUAAUUAUUAAAUGUAUUCGAAAAUAAUAUUGACUGUUUUUAUUUGAAUAGACUUAGUUGAAUUAUAAUAAAUUUACUUUGAAUUAUAGAGUUUACUUUAUAUUGAUGACACAGUAUUACAAGAUUUGAUACCUCUUUUACAAGAUGUUUUGAUCACAAAUAUUGGAUUGCCUACAAAAGUAGCGACAUCACAUUUCAUUAGUUUGUUGAUUACUCAAAAACAACAACAGCUUAACUCAAAAUUUUUGGGUAAAAAAACUAUGAUUUAGUAUAUAAUCAUGUUAUUGGAUACUUAUAUAUGUAUUUUUUUUUUAGAUAAAAUUUUAAAAUCAUUAAUGAAGGGCAUUACUGAUCGUAACACUACUAUAAGAAAAAGCUAUGCUUCUACUAUAGCAUUAAUCACUACAGUUGCAAAAGAAAGUACUGUGAACAAGUUAAUUCAGUCAUUGAAAGAUAUUUAUAUGGAAAAUGAAGGCAAUUGUUUAUUAUAUUUAUUUAUCUAAAAACAAUUAUUUAAUUUAAAAAUUUAUAGAUGAAAGUAUUAGGCAAACUGUUGGAUAUGCGUUAAAAGGAAUAAGUCAAUGUGAGAAACCGGAUGUAUACUUGCCAACUAUUAUACCAUUAAUAUUUUUUGCUAUACACUAUAAAGGAACAGAAAGUAAUUUGUAUAAUUAGUUAAAUUACUAUUAUUUAAUAAAUUUAAUAUGUCUUUAACUAGGCGAUGAAAAAGUUGUAAAUGAUAAAAGUCUUAAUAUAUGGCAAGAACUUUGGGAAGACAAUGUUCACAAUACUGAAGGUGUACUAUCUCGUCAUCUUGAAUCUGUCUAUGAAUUUUUGGGUGUUGCUAUUAAGUCUUCAUCAUGGGCAAUGAAAGCACAAGUUAGUAUAUCAAAAAAAAUUAUAAUAAUUUCACUCAAUUAACACUACAUAUUUUAGGCAGCAAGGUCAAUUGGUGAUGCUGCAAAUACACUUGGGCGACAAUUAAAUGAAGAUCAUCGUAAUAAGUUUAUUGAGACAAUUAAAACUGGUUUAGCUGGUCGCACUUGGGAUGGAAAGGAAUUCUUACUGGAAGCUUUGUUACAAUUAAAUUUGAAUUCUGGGUAAAAUUGAGUUUAGGAUGACACUGUUGUCAUAAUUAAUUUUAUUUGUUUGUAUAGAGAUUUAACUUUUUAAUUUUUAGUGAUUCAACAGAAACUUGUAAAAAUGAAGAAAUUGUAGAAUUAGUUUUCAAUGAAUGUAAAAAAGAAAAAGUUAGCUAUAGGAUGGUUGCAACAAAAACCCUCGGCGAACUAUUGGAAAAAUUGAAAAUUGAUCGGUUUGCACAAACUUACCAAUUAGUUAUGCAUGUUAUACAAAAGGUAUGAUUUUUAUCAUUAUUCAGUAAUUACUAUUUAUCAUAAAACAAAUAAUUGUGUCAUGACACAAAAAAAAAAAAAAAAUACGCACAUACUUCGCAUGAUGAGUGGGCUACUGUUGCAGAUGAAAAGUUGAGAAGAUAGAAUAUAGAAGGGAAUUCAAUAUAUAUUUACACGCAACAAUUAAUCUUUGCUAACAAAAAGCGAUUCUGAGCGGAAAUUUGAACACUAAUGAUUGAAAUAAAAAUAAUCAUUAUUGUAAAACCCAUACAUUCCUCGCUCCUCUCAGAAUCUAAAAUAAUAAUAAUUGAAUAUAUUAAAAAAUUGUUUUUUAUUCUGUAUUGAAAAAAUAUUUAUUUUUAUUUAUAGACUACGGAAGAUUCAGAUAUUGAUGAUCAAUCACAAAAUUUAAAAUUAAACGAAUCUUUAUUCCUAUUAGUUGGAAAGGCAUGGCCAUAUACCUUGGCAACUCAAGGUGAAAUAUCAAAUCAGUUUUGAUAAUUUUUAAUAUAAAUUAAUAUAAGGAUAUUUAUUUGUAUAUAGUUGAAUUUGGAGAAACAGUUGUUGCGCAAUGUGCUGAUCAUUUAAAAAAUAACACUAGACUAUUGCAGUUAGCUAUUAUGAAUUCACUUUUGAAAGUAAUACAACGAUUAGCCUUUAUCCAACUACACGCUAGUCACAAACAACAACUAAAAUACAUUCUUAGUCAUGUAAAAAGAGCUUUACACUUUUCUCUUGGUAUGUAUAAAUACUAUCAGACUAUUUUAAAUGACUAAAUUAAGAAGUGAAAGUUGAUGUCAGAAUAAUUAUUUAUAAUUAAAUAUUUUGAAUCUUGAAUUUUCAGGUGUACCUAAAAAUAUAAACUUGAGAAAAUUAUCACUUGAAGUUUACAUUUUGGUGCUUACAAAUUUAAAAAGUAAGAUUAUUAUUUUAUAAAAAUUAUAAAUGUUACGAGUCAAUUUGGAAUAUCCUUAUUAGAUCUUAAUUAAAUUAUUUUUGUGUCUUUAGUCUCUUAUAUAAGUAUAAAAUAAAAUUGCUAACAUGUUUUACUUUUUAAAAAUAUUCAAAUAUUUUAGAUUUCGGGUGAAGCGAGAAAUUUACAGGUUUUCUAUUUACGUUUUUUUUUUCUGCGUGAACAAUUUUUCUACUAGAAAUCUUGUUCUGAUUAAUUUUAGGGGUAAUUUCUGGUAUCAAAUUUUAUCUAGUCUGUUCCUUCAAGUUGAUUUUUUUAUUUCCCUUGUGGUUUUUUUUAAUAAUUGGGAAAAAAAUCAAGAAAAUAUACUCAAUAAUAGUUAUUUUGAUGCAAUUUGGUUGUAAAUAACAAAACACCUAUUUUGGCACCUUCUAUACUGAUUUCGUUAAUUUAAUCUGUUUAUUUUAAAAUCUUUUAAUGCCACAUCAAAUGUUCAUGUAUUAGUAUGCAUUUGGUUUAUAUGGAUUAUAAAUUGUUUUAGACCAGGAAAAUCGCAAUAGAUCCUUUAAAGGUUUUACAAGUCACACCAUUUACAAUCUUAUAGUUUUAAUGAACCUACAAUUUGUAUGCUUCAGUUUUGCAAUUGCCUGGACUUUGAUUUUAAUUUUGAUAAAGAAUCUGAACUUCAGAAUUUACAUUUAAGUCAUAUUGAUUAAGAUGAGAAAGAAAAAAAUUAUAAUAUAUAGGUUCACAUUAAGAUUUUAUCACCAUGUAAUACCACCAUGUAAUAGUGUAUACCAGCGGUUCCCAACUCAUGGGCUGUGAUCCACUUAUGGGCCUUGAGAAAUUUAAUACUAGGCCACGGACGCUGGUUGAAGGUAUAAGCCUAGGAUUGGCAAAUUUGAUAUUAUUUAUAUUAUUAUAAUAUAAAUGUCUAUAUUUUGAUCGAGAUUUAGUAAUAAUCAGACAAUUAUUAUUAUUGUACAAUUUUAUUGAUUGCCGUUUUCUUAUCUAGUAUUUUCGAAUAUUUUUGUCAUUUUUAUAAUAUUUUGUUAUACUUGAUGUGGAGUGUGGGCACGGUGCGAUAAAUUUAAUCCUGAUAUUGACUCUUUUGUGGGAGAAAAACAAUGUCAAAAAUCGCAAUGAUUUUAAUUUGAAUUUAAUUACUUGCUUAUAAGUUGAAAACAAUAAUAAAUUUCUUUUUUUUUUAAAAAAAAUUAUUUUUAAAAUUUUCUUGUAAGUAUGAUAUAUUUUCCUAAUUACUAAUGUAUGUGCAGUAUGCACAUUAUACGUAUAUAUAUAAUAUAUAUUGAUCAUACAUACAUAUAUAGGUGAUUUUAUGUUUACUUGCAUAUUAGUUUGGUGAGCCUCAAAGUUUUGUUUUAGAAAAUUGGUAGUACACACAAUUAAAAAGGUUGGGAACCACUGGUGUAUGUGAUAAACUUCGUUUUUUUUAUAUCACUCAGAGGGAUGAAGACUACAAAUAUUUAUUUUUCUGUGUAUUGUUAUCCUGUAAUCUAGGGAAUAACAUAAUCACAUUAGUAUAACAUCAGUUUUCAAACAGAUUAGAAGAAUUUAAAACGGCUGUUACUUAGAAACUAUUCACUGGAUAUAAAUGUGUGAUGCAUUAAAAUUUUCAGAAAAAUAAACUCUGCAGAAUGGCUAUCUUAAAACUAACUGAAAAUAAUAAAAUAAAAAGUUAAUUUUUUUAAAUUUUUUUACAAAAAAACAAAAUUUAAUUCAAAAUAAAUAUUUGCAGUCCUCAUCCCUGUGAGUGAUUUAUAAAUAAAUCAGAAUUUGAUUAUGUUUAUUAUCCCCAAAGACAUUCAAGGGGUAUAUCUUCAUGGGAUAGCUUGUAUAUAUAAUAUAUAUUUAUUUUUAUUAUUUUUCUUAUAUUACAAUUAGUCUUAGUCAAAUGCUAAUUUUAUUAACUUGUAUACUCCAUUGCAGUGUUUCCUGAUUUUUAUGAAACCAUAGACCCCUAGCUAAAACUUAAUUGGUCUGAGGACCCCCAUUUUUGUAAAUAUUUUUCAAUUUCGUUUAAUUAUGAAAAUGAAAAAAAAUAUAUUUAUUUUAAUUAUGUAAACAGAUUUUCUCAAUAAUUUAUAAUUUUUCAAAAUGCAACCGAUUUAUAGUUUUUUGUAUUUUAACUUUAGCUUGUCUUUUUUGUUGUGUUGUGCCUCAUACAUAAACGCGCCUAAUGAUGGGUUAAUAAGUAGAAUAAUUCUUUUGAUAAAUAAAUACAUGAAUAAUUUACUUGAACUUUAUAUCAUUAACAGUAUUUCUACUUCUUCUAUGUCAUUUAUUAUAGUCCUUUUAAGUGAACCAAAUUUUAACUACUGACAUGGUUAUUUUUUGAUGAUUAACUUUUGAAAUAUAAUUUAUAAAAAAAGAUAAACUGCAUUAAACAAUAAAUAUGUGUUAGAGAAUAUUUAGGUAUCGGAUAGUGUUCUCACUAUUAGAGAGCACAUGUUGUCUAAUCACGGGUUACCCAGGUUACAAGACAUUUUUUAAUUUUAGAAUGUGUCCAAUUUUACUAAGUCGUAUUAUACGAGUGAUCAAUCAAUACACAACCGCAGACCUCCAAUUGAAAACCCUGGCUCUAUUGCCCUCUAGGAUGUUAAUAAAUAUUAUUAUUAUUAUUUUUUUUAAAAAUGCUUUCAAAUUUUGAUGAAAAAUUGUAAAAGUAGCUGAAUUUCAAAUCACGUUUAACCAAAUAUUGCUCAGAAUUUCUUUGUAAUGAUAUAUUUUUGUGUAAUAUAUAAAUCAUAUAAAUUUAAUUACCCUAUAUAUCUUUCUUUUCCAACUUCUCCCUUACAUCAGUGGUAUACCCAUUGUUUAGAUAUAAUUUACAAACUUCACUUUCAUUUAUUAAGAUAACCGUAAUUGAAAUCAGUGACUUAUAUCAAAUCUAUACCUUUUCUCUUUUUAAUAGUAUCAAAUUAAUUCAUAAUAUACAAGUUGAUAACUAUGCUUGAUGACUUUCAAUUAUAUGUAUCUAUUAAAUGUUAUAUUUAUAAUAAUUUAAACUAGGCUGAGUAGUUGGGAAUAAUCUAGUUUUUGAUAAAUUCUCCUAUUUGAAAUGCCCUAUUUCAAGUCUAUUGUAACAAAUUUGAAUUGUUGAUGCUUUUAGUGUAUGCACAUUGUACUGUAUUGAUAACCUAUUUAUUAUUUAGAAAGUGUUUCAAGCUGUGGUGCAUAAUUAUUUGUCUUAUUUAAUUGAUCAUUAUUAUUUUUUAGGUCUAAAAGCUGUUGAAGAGUUGGAAUCAUUCGUGAGUUUAUAUAAUGAGUUUUCCAUUAACUUAAUCGACGAUGAAUCACCGGAAGUUAAACUUCUAGUACAAAAGAUUAAAGAAUUAAUGGGGUAGUGGUAAUCUAUUUACGAAAAAAAAAAAAAAUGUUAAAAUCAACAUUGUUUUAUCUCAAUUGACCUUUGAAAUUGUAUAUAUUUUUUUUUAUAUAUAAUAAUAUAAUGUAUACAUAUAAGUUUAAUUUAUACAUAAUAAAACUAUUUUAAUCCUACUAUAUAU